GUUAAGUACCAAACCCCGUCUCUAGUGUAUUUAAGAGUGAAUACUCCAGUGACUGAAAAAGAGCCAACAUCUCCCCCAUCUGGUAAAAUACUAGAAUCCUCGGCCCGGUAGCAUCCAACACGCAUCACUCAUUAGCUUCACUCAGAUGGCAUCACUGCAAGGGGACGAACGGAGACGUGACCCUCAUAUGCUUUCAGAGCUCUUACUGCUUUUAAAAAGACUACAUAACUAUGAUAAUCCCUAACAAUGGGCAGUGCAACCCAUUAACAUCGACGGCAUAGUGCCUGAUCUGUGCCGGGUCUCAGAGCUCACAUACUUCUGUCUUACCCACAAUAUUCCUAAGCAACUCUGGAUGAUGGCGCAACCAGCUUCAAAGACAGUCAGGACUGGCGACUUGUACGAUGACAUGACAGACUUCGGAGACUUUGCGAGCACAUCAGAUGAAGAGAUCGACGUGGAAGAAUAUGCUGAGCCUUGGGAAAAAUACCUGAUUGAGCACAAACUCGGUGCUGGUGGUUUCUCUACUGUCUGGAUGGCCCUUGACCUCCAGGAAAACAAAGAUGUCGCUGUCAAAGUCUUUCGUAAGGGCGACUUCGGAGACAUCGAGCUACGCAUACAAGAUGAAAUCGUUCGGAGCGUGCAGGACAGAUCCCACCUUGUGAUCUAUUCAGAUACUUUUAUACUAAAGGGAAGCGAUGGCCACCAUAGGGUUAUGGUGUUUCCUCUGAUGGGGCCGUGUCUUGACCGUUAUACAGUGACAAACUUAGCUAUAAGUACUCACAUGUCAGCUGCGAAGCAAUUGUUAAAGGCAUUGGAAGCUUUGCACAACGCUGGCAUUGUGCACCGCGAUCUGAGCGAGAGUAACUGCCUAUGGGGGAUGGCGCCUCUUCACAAUCUUAGCAGGACUGCUAAAUAUGAACUACUCACUUGGCCAUUAAAGAUAACCAUCCAAGAUAUCGAGCUCUGGAAGCCUGAAGAGUUGGUGUGGCCCAUACAGGUCCCUGAAACUCUGCGCACAGAAGAUUUCUAUCUCGCUGACUUCAGUCUGGCCAUGAAGGUUGGCGAUCCCGUGGCUCAACCCGGCGAUCCACCUCUGUGUUUCUGCUCCCCGGAGCGUCUCCAUGGAAAAGCUCCAAGCUUUGCCUGCGACAUGUGGAGCUACAUGGUCAACUUUGUUGAACUUUACCAAGGGGGACGACCAUUCCAUGAUGGGUACAUAGGCGGAGUUCUGACAACUAUUACCGCCCGUCUGGGCCCACUACCAGAGCAAUGGAAAGGAUCUUACAUCUAUGAUGAUUGUCUGGAUUCCUGGUAUGAUCAGAAUCGGACGCCCGAUACGAGUAAGACCCUCGCAUCAGAGCUUGCGCGCUAUCGACCCGAUGCCGACCUGGCUGAACGAGAACUUGUGCUCUCCAUCAUGCAGAAGGUAUUCCUAUACUCGCCCGAGGAGCGUCUGACUGCGACGCAGCUUCUGGCCGAUCCUUCAUUCAAGGCUCUCAUGGCUCGGUAUGGUUGUUGAUGCUGUGAUAUGAAGUUGUGACCUGAUAGACUUUGCUCUUUAUUCUCGCGUCUCAGGCCUAACAUGCUGGGGAUCUGAAUUCAAGGGGAUGGCGGUAGGCUUUGGCCUCUGCAUAUACUAAAAAACAAGCCUUAUCUUCUGGGGUAGACUUAGCGCAGGAAAAGGGUAG